AUGUUGUUCAAGGGGCGAGGUGGCCCAAGCAAGUGGAGCGCGAAUUUGCUGACCGGAAGAUCAGUGGUUCGAAUCCGACCUCCCCUGUCUAGGCUUGGGCAACCUGGCAUUAUCCCAGCCCUCGUGCUUCCUUCGGGUAGCAUGGCAGCUAGGCACUGGAAGGGUGCUACAGCUGAACGCGAAACUACUCACAAGGUUGCUGAAAACUCUUCGACAGCCCACGACCGGUUUCGCCCUUCUUGGGGCUCAUCAGAUAGGCACAGUCCCCGAGGAUCGAUAGUAUCAUCACUGAGAAAUUCGCUCACCUGUAAUCCCUUUUCGGUGUCUAGCUGCCAUGCCACCCAAAGGAAGCACGAGGGCUGAGACACUGCCAUGUUGCCCAAGCCUAGACAGGAACCGUCGAGAUACCGGGGUUGGCUCCGAACUAUGGGCACUUCGGUCAGUAAGUUCGCGCCCUAACCAC